AUGACGUACUUCCGACGCUCCUGUUGGCAGCGAGCAGUGCCGUCGUGCGUGCGAAUGCAAUCGACACAUGCUUGGAAGCCAGUGCUCAAACCAGGCACGCUUCCUGUGUAUGAUGAAGCGCUCAAGUUUAUUGAACAAGAUGCGGCAUCACUUCGUGAACAAAUUGCGCAGGCUAAACAGGCUGGCAGCGCGUCUUCAGAAGAAGCAAAGCGCCGUAUUUUUGCACUUGAGGUGGCUGCUGGUAUUAAUGAACCAAGCGUGCGAGCACAAUUCCGCCGAGGCGACUACGACUUGUCUAGACCCGUGUUCCGGCAUUUGCGCGAGCAGUCCUGGCGACGAAAUGGUGCGUUAGCUCGUUUAGAAGAGCGCAUCUUAAACAUGCACAUUCUUCCAGAUGUUGUUCCGAGCAUAACACCGACAGUUGAUCUGGAAAUACUAUUUGGCGCAGGCGAUGGUAUUGGUGAUCAUGGCGGUCAGGCCGGCAGCGUGCUCCCUGGGGUGUUUUUGGAUCCAGCCAUGACGAUGCAGGCUCCAUCCAUCCGUGCGACCGCAUUCCAUGAAGAUACACGCAAGUAUACUCUGAUGCUUGUGGAUCCUGACAUGCCCAAUGAAGAAACGCAAUCGUUCAAGACGUUUGUCCACUGGCUCGUUUCUGACAUUCCCCUCUCGAUUCAUGCUUCAACAAUACCAAAGGACCAUCCAGAGCUGCUUCCGUAUAUCCCACCCCAUCCCUCGCGUGGUACCCCUUAUCAUCGGUACACCACACUAUUGUUUGAGCAAGGUCCUCAGACCCAGCUCGUCGAGGUUCCACGAGAGCUUGAGAAUGUGACUUCCUUCGCGGAAACACACGAUCUGCACCUAGCUGGGAUCCAUUUCUGGCGCGCAAAAUGGUCGGAAUCGUGCCAAGACACGAUUUCUCAUAUCUAUAAGAAUGUGCUGAACAUGCCGGAGCCACACUACGGACGUCCAGCUCGACAAGACCGUUUGCGUGACGAAGUGGGUGAGCGCCUCAGCAAAUACUAUUAA